AUGGCAACUGCGGGAAAGAUAGAUGUAGCUCCUCUUGCUCCGUUUGAUCCGAUAUCAGAACCGACAUCCUUAAGUCAACGAUGGAAAGUUUGGAAACGCAGAUUCGAAACGUAUUUAGUCGCGGUAAAUGUGAAAGAUAAUGCCCAGAAACGAGCAUUGUUACUUUAUCAAGCCGGUGAGGCAACACAGGAAAUCUUCGAUACACUUUCAGAGACAGGAGAGGACAAUGAUUACAAGACUGCAAUUGAGAAAUUGGACGAAUAUUUUUCCCCGAAGAAAAAUGUGGAUUACGAGAUAUUUCAAUUCCGUCAAGCAAAGCAAAACGCCGAUGAACCAACAGACCACUUUGCAACACGACUUCGCAAACUAGCAGCUCACUGUGAAUUCCACGAUGUAGACCAUGAAAUAAAAUCGGCUAUUAUUCAAAAUUGUCGAUCUAAACAUCUCAGGCGGUAUGCCUUAUGGCAAGAUAAAGUGACUCUCACCGAAUUGUUAUCGAAAGCUAGAACAUUGGAAAAUAGCGAACAGCAAGCCAAGGGCAUUGAAGAACGUUUAGCAUCGACUAAUAUUCAAGACGAAGAAGCAAAUUUUGUAAAUCCCCCAAGAUCUAAUGGACAACAGCGACGACAACACUGUCGCAACUGUGGAUUAUCUUGGCCUCAUCGUGACGCACCUUGCCCUGCUAAAGGACAAACAUGUCGAAAAUGUAAUAAACAAAACCAUUAUGUCCGAGUUUGUCGCAGCAGCGUCCCAUCGACAAGGAAUCCUAUUAAUACAAGACCUAGACCUAUCCGCCCAGACAACAAUCAACACAAUAUUCAACAGGUUGGAUAUCAAGAAGACCACUAUUCGAAUAGCCCUAGUAGCAGCAGCGAUGAUGAGCAUUUAUAUACAUGUGUCGACUCUAAAUCAACAAAAAUGCCUUUGACCAAAGUACAAAUAAACAAUGUACAUGUCAAAAUGAUCAUAGACACUGGGGCAUCAAUUAACUUUAUUGACGAAAAUACAUUCGCCAAUAUCAACAAAUACAAACGUAUCUCAUUAAAACGAACACGUACUAAACUCUUUGCGUAUGGUUCCAAACAACAAUUACCAGUGAUUGGGACAUUCGAAGCCACAAUCGAGACAAAAAAACGAGUGACUGUCUCUACUAUUCAUGUAGUCAGAGGCAAUUAUGGCUCACUGUUAAGUUAUCAAACGGCUACAGAACUAAACCUUAUAAAAGUAAAUGUCAACAAUGUCAAAGUCACCG